CCCAAAUCUAAAGAAGAGAAAAAAAUCUAAAUCGGAGAGUGAAGGAAGAAAGGGUUAUAAAAUGGAAGGAAGCAGAUUCUUUUCCUCUGCCCAUCUUUAAAGAGAGAGAGAGAGAGAGGAGAUCUAGGGUUUCUUCUUCUUCUUCGAUUCCAAUUUUGAGUAUGAUGGACUCUCUUGUUUCCGGAGAUAUGGCUUCUCUCGACGCCGAUUUGCUUCAGCUCCCUGAGAUGUCAACCUUCGUCCUCAAAACUAGACCUGAUUUCACCCAGAAGCUAUUCGAUCAGUGGCUUUCGCUCCCUGAAGCUCAUCGUCAGGUUACAUCAUUGCUUCAAGAUGCAAUGUCUGGAGCUCCUUUGAAUGUUCCUGGAAGUGCAUCUGGUUCUGGUCCUGGCACCACCAAUUCUUUACCUUCCAUGUUUCCAGCUGGAAGUGCUCCUCCACUUUCACCUAGAAGCUGCAGCUCACCGCGUAUGAUGAAACAGAGGGCUCCUUCUAAUUUAGGCUCUCCUCUCAAAGUACUCAACGAGCCUGUCAAAGAGUCCAUACCUCAGUUUUAUUUUCAAAAUGGUCGCCCACCUCCAAGUGAGAUUAAAGAGCAAUGUAUGUUUAGAGUCAACCACUUUUUCUAUGGCCAUAUGGAUGGACUUCAAAUACAAGAAUUCAAAUUAGUCACCAGAGAAAUCUGCAAGCUCCCAUCUUUCUUCUCCACCUCACUUUUCAGGAAGAUCGAUGUCAAUAGUACAGGUUUUGUUACUAGAGAAGCAUUUAUUGAUUAUUGGGUAAACGGGAACAUGUUGAUAAUGGAUAUGACGACCCAAAUAUUUAAGAUACUAAAGCAGCAAAAUCAAAACUUCCUUGUGAAGGAGGAUUUUAAGCCACUACUUAAGGAACUUUUGGCAACACAUCCUGGGCUAGAGUUUUUGCAAGGCACACCUGAAUUCCAAGAAAGAUACGCUGAAACUGUUACCUACAGAAUCUUUUACUACAUAAACAGAUCUGGAAAUGGUCGACUUACAUUUAGGGAGCUUAAACGAGGAAAUUUAAUUGAUGCUAUGCUUCAUGCUGAUGAAGAAGAAGAUAUCAACAAAGUGUUGAGGUACUUCUCAUAUGAGCAUUUCUAUGUCAUAUACUGCAAGUUCUGGGAGCUGGAUUCAGAUCAUGAUUUCCUGAUUGACAAAGAAAACCUUAUGAAAUAUGGCAACCAUGCUCUUACUUACCGGAUUGUCGACAGAAUAUUCUCCCAGGUUGCUAGGAAGUUUACUAGCAAAAUUGAAGGGAAAAUGGGGUAUGAGGAUUUUGUCUAUUUCAUACUUGCGGAAGAAGAUAAAUCAUCAGAGCCUAGCCUAGAAUACUGGUUUAAGUGCAUAGACUUGGAUGGGAAUGGGAUUAUUACGCGGAAUGAGAUGCAGUUCUUUUUUGAGGAGCAGUUGCAUCGCAUGGAGUGCAUGGCGCAAGAGGCUGUUCUUUUUGAGGAUAUCUUAUGCCAGAUAAUUGAUAUGAUCGGACCAGAGGAUGAGAGCUAUAUAACCCUGAAUGAUCUGAAGGGAUCAAAACUCUCUGGAAACGUCUUCAACAUCCUAUUUAAUCUUAAUAAAUUUAUGGCAUUUGAAACACGGGAUCCCUUCCUCAUUCGUCAGGAACGUGAAAACCCAACAUUAACAGAGUGGGACCGUUUUGCACAUAGAGAAUACAUAAGGCUUUCAAUGGAAGAAGAUGUUGAAGAUGCUUCCAAUGGAAGUGCUGAGGUUUGGGAUGAGUCUCUGGAGGCUCCCUUCUAAGUCCAUCCAGGCUGGUUCCAUUAUCACUGAAGAGAAAUACCAAAGUCAUUGAGAGAAAAUCUUGGGAACUUGCUGUAGUAAACGAAAGAGAAAGAAGAGUAUCAUCUCUGCUUCAACAUUCGUUCGUUGUUAAGUCAUCUUGGUGAGGUGGGUUCACAACUGGGAAUCCAGGUUUGAAACCAGAAACUGGUGUUUUCCUUUUCAGUUAGCUGUUGUUAUAUAUAGACAAGUUUAUUUUAUUUUAUUUAUCAUUAUAAUCAGUGAGCGAUGCUGAGUUGCGGACUGCAUGUUACAAUCGCACUUGUUUAAUCUUGUGUUGUUCAGAAUUGUUAAUGUUCCUUUAAUCAAUUGGUUGGUUUUUUUUUUUUUUUUUUGAGAUUUGGAGAGUUUUCGUCAUUUUUUCGCUAAGCUGUAAUCGUAUCCAGC